AUGUAUAUCCAAACAGAAGAAACAGCAAAGGCCAGGGAGUUCUUCCUUGUGCCAUGGAUACAGUGGAUUGAGAACCAUACGAGCCCUGUCUGGAUGAUUUAUGGCUUCUUCAUUUCCAUUGUCAUGGUAUUCCUCUAUCUCGUCUGUGUCAUUAUAUACAACGUGUUUGUCUACUUGAAAUAUGGGCCCAAGCCGUACGAGUACGAAACCAUUUACAUCAAUUUUACUGACCGGUUUGACUACUACAAGAAGAAGCUUGAUCAGAAAUGGACGAGGAAACAGGCCAUGGAUAAGCUACGGGCGUACUGGGGACAGCUCAAGCCUCAGAGGUGUCGACCUACAAUAAACAGCGUUGUUGACAGGCAACAACAGGGCUCAAAGUCCAAAUACGCACACGACGUUGAUAAACUGAUGCUUGAAGUUGACGACAAGCCUCAGUUGGUACCUCAUUGGGAUCACCAGGUGAUACCCAAGAAGACUUGGUAUAUCUUCAGACCAAAGACCACCCCGAGAGACGUUGUUUGGGUUUACUCAUGGCCUGAAUACAACGCUCCAAGGGUUGUGGAGCCAGAGAUUUGA